AUGGACUACCCAUCCUCUGGUCUUCAGGAACUUCGGGGCCCUUUCCGCAGCCAGAAUGAACAGAGAUGUAUCGGGGCUUUAGGUAAGAGGAGGGUCAACGGUUUUCACACUUCUUUUGUCUUCAUUUCAUUGCCAGAAGUUCGCUUGGUGAAGGGGAGGAAUCCGUGUCAAGGGCUUUUGGAAGUUCUUUACAAUGACACCUGGGGCACAGUGUGUGAUGACGACUGGGACAUUGUGGAUGCCAGCGUAGUCUGCCAGCAGUUGGGGUGUGGCCGUGCCCUCUCUAUGGCAGCAAACCUGCCCUUUGGCAAGGGGACGGGGUUAAUUCUGCUGGACAACGUGGACUGCAAAGGGACAGAGUUGUCACUGAUGGAGUGUGGAAGCCUGGGCUGGGCCGUCCACAACUGCAACCAUUACGAGGACGUGGCUGUCAUAUGCAAUGGUAAAAAAUUACAUUUCUAUAUUAGACCCAGGAGUUGCACAGUUAUCAAAGCCCCAUCUUCUGAGGGCUCCAGUUUGGGAGAGGGCAACGUUCGAUUAGUCAAUGGCUACAACUCAUGUCAGGGUAGAGUAGAGAUUAAGUACAGAGGACAUUGGGGAACGAUCUGUGACGAUGACUGGGACAUGAAUGAUGCCAAAGUGGUGUGCCAGCAGAUCGGCUGUGGGGCAGCAAUAUCUUCCACCACCAAUUCCUACUUUGGAUAUGGAAAAGGGCUGAUUCUAAUGGACAAUGUCAACUGUGAAGGGGGAGAGUCAUCGUUGUUGAGCUGCCACAGUCUGGGAUGGGGUGUGCACAACUGUGGCCAUCAUGAAGACGCAGGGGUCAUCUGUGCAGAUUCUUGGACACCCACGGCAGUUCAAGUUGCUUCAACCACUGGAUUUUCUACACCGUACACAGGCUACACAGGCACAGAUUCUGCUCCAUCUACCAAUCACACCAGAUCCAUUCGUUUGGUGAAUGGGAACAACAGCUGUCAAGGCAGAGUGGAAAUAUUUUACGGAAAUAACUGGGGGACUGUGUGCGAUGACGACUGGAAUAUUAAGAAUGUGGCGGUGGUUUGCAGACAGCUGGGAUGUGGUAGUGCCAUCACUGCUAAAGAACUUGGCUACUUUGGAUAUGGAAGUGGGCCAAUAUUGCUGGACAAUGUGAACUGCAAAGGCACAGAAUCCUCCCUGGCCGAAUGCUUUAACCUUGGAUGGGGAAAACACAACUGUAGACACCAUGAGGAUGCAGGUGCUAUUUGCGUAGAAUAUAAAGCUUCUGAAGCAAGUGGUUCUGGUAAACAAGCACCAAUAAUUACGACAAGAACAACGGAAGUGUUAAAGGCUGCAGAAGAGUCGCAAAUCCGACUUGUGAACGGACGUCACCGAUGCGAGGGACGGGUGGAGAUCUUCCUGAGGUCGCAGUGGGGGACGGUUUGCGAUGAUGCCUGGGACUUAAGGGCUGCUAAAGUGGUCUGUAGGCAGCUUGGUUGUGGCAACGCUCUGGCUGCUAAAGUGGAAGCGUAUUUUGGGCAGGGCACCGGCAUCAUUCACCUUGACAACUUAAAGUGCAGUGGCCAUGAGAGUUUGCUUGUCCAGUGCUCACACAUCGGCUGGGAUGUCCACAACUGUGACCACAGGGAAGAUGCUAGUGUGAUGUGCACUCUAUGA